AUGGACAGCAUGGGGUGGUACAUGUCAAAUGGGUUAGCUAUCAACAAUGAAGACGCCGCCGCCGACACGAUGAUGUCGAAUGACACCAAUGAACCCUUCUCAUGGUUUGCAGACCCUUUCUCGAUCUUUACCAACCUCGACUCCGACACUCCUCUUGCUCCUGCUGUUACUCUGGGAGAUCAGUCCUCCCGAGCCUUGCAUUACAUUCAGCACAAAGGACAGCUCUCAGGCUCCGAACUGACUCCGAGCUCCGUGGGGGACGGGUUGCAGGACGCGUCUUCGAUGAGAAUGGAGGGAUACCGACUCGGCGAUUCCGCAAUUGGAUCAGAUCUAGACAGGAAACAGACCAUACAGCCUGACUCCACCGGACCUUUCAACCCAACUGCAUCGUCCAAGUCGAUCCAAAGAAUGGCCAUCAUCUCUGAGACAGGAGCAUUGAAUGGCAGUAACCCCCGGCACAGGAGGCGACGGACUUUGAAACGCAGUGGCCCCUCGAUGUCGAGUGAUGACGAGAAUGACCCUGGCUUGCGGGCCAAAAUGAUGCACACCGCUGUCGAAAGACGAUACCGAGACAACCUGAACCGAAAGUUUGAACAGCUGUCCAGGACUUUGAAAGCCACGGGCUCAUCAUCGUUGCCCCUGCUCGAGGACGCCAACCGGAAGACGCGGAAGGUAGAUGUCCUUACAGAUGCCGUGGGCUACAUCAACCGCUCCGAGGUGGAGAUUCGUCACAUGGCUGACGAGAUCCGCCGCCUCAACCUGCGACUGCAUCAAUCUCAGAGCCCAGGCGCGUAUGAGGAUACCAUGUGCAUGAGGCCCACGGCGCACCCACGAUUCCGGAGACUUGAUUGA